AUGCCCCAAAGAAAAGGUUUGGACAAUCACACCACUGGACCUGGAUUCAUUCUUCUGGGAUUUUCUGAUCACUCCAGCCUGCAGGGCCUGCGCUUCACAGUCUUCCUGGUCAUCUACCUGGUAAUCAUCACAGGAAACAGUCUGAUUGUACUCAUCACAGUGGUGGACUCAAGCCUCUACACCCCUAUGCAUUUCUUCCUGAGGAACCUGUCCUUUCUGGAGAUCUGCUACACGUCAGUCACUCUGCCAAAAAUGCUGGUGGGUUUCCUAAUGGAAGAUGGCAGGAUCUCCUUCCUUGGCUGUGCUGCCCAGCUCUAUUUCCUGGUUUUAUUGGGCAGCAUUGAAUGUCUUCUCCUGGCUGCCAUGGCCUAUGACCGCUACACAGCCAUCUGUGACCCCCUGCACUAUACCCUCAUCAUGAGCAGGGGUCUCUGCAUCAGCCUGGUUGUGGGGUCAUGGAUGGCUGUCAUACCAAUGCAAGUAGGACAGACCUACCAGCUGUUCACUUUGCCCUUCUGUGCAUCCCAUGACCUUCACCACUUCUUCUGUGAUGUGCCCCCUCUCCUAGAACUGGCCUGUGCAGACACUUUCUGGAACCAAGUGACGCUGUACAGCAUCAUUCUGGUAUUUGCAGUUCUUCCCUUCUCCUUAAUUGUUAUUUCUUACAUUAAGAUUAUCAGGGCAAUUCUCAAAAUACCUUCCGUCCUGGGCAGACACAAAGCCUUUUCCACCUGCUCUUCACACCUCGGGGUG